CAACUUCUGUUGACAUCUGCCGGUAGGCCACUCACACGCGUUUGACAGUUAAUUCCACAAGGCUCUUUGGAAGGUAUAGUGUCUUAAAUGUAAAGUAACACGUAGUCUUAUAGACUAAUUUGUCGCAAGUCGUUCGGCAGUUUAUUUAUUGACCAUUCUUCACACUGCUAAAGCUAAUACGGCUGGGGACGUGGCAGUUAGACUGACAAGCUAACAAGCUAGCGCCACAGACUUGCACAACUUAAUCACAGAAAUAAACUGGAGAACCUGUGUAUGGAUGAAGGCGUCAGAGAACAAUGUCUCCUCCACGGCUCACAGGUGCACUGCGCUCCUUCUCUUAUGUCAGCAAAAAGGAGGACUUCACUGAAUAUCACUAUGAUCUGAAGACCAAACGUCUGAAGAGGCAGGAGCUGUUCGCCAAAGAGGGCCUCACUUGGCAGAAGAUUGUCCAUUUCUGCACUGAGCAUCAGGACAAAGCUAAGCACCAAGCUGCCAGUCAGGAACUGAAGAGCCUCCUUCUGGCAGCCAAACAGAUUGUGGGGACUGAACAUGGUCAGGAGGCCAUUGAAAGUGCUGCUGUGUUUCUUUUUGAGACCUUUCACAACAAAGACCAUGUGGGCACAGAGGAGACCCGCGCCAUUAAACAGAUGUUUGGCCCCUUUCCGUCAGCUGCAGCUGAAGCCUCCUCCAACUGUGUGGCUCGGCUUGUGUCUCUUCUUGGAAACUCCAGAGUUGAAGACUUUAUUCAGAACUCCCAUCAUAACCCCCAACGAGGCUCCACUUUUGGACGUAACAUCAUCUUCUCAUAUGACUGCUACACAUUGGACCCGCUAGAGGAUCUGCCCUGCUCUGAUAUCCAUGACGAGAAUGUUAGCCUAGACUUUAUCAACUUCCUCAACAACCAGCAGAGUGGGAGAAAGGCCUGCAAUGAGGAAGAGGUGUCCAGCUCAGCAAGAGUGUCCAGCUCUGGAGAUGGAGCUAUCCUUAGAACAGAGGUGGAGAAGUACCUUAACAGAGGAAACAUGAUCUCAUCCAGCCCAGAGGAGCUGUGCACAUCCCUGUUUGAGAUGCUGGCCUCCCACAAGAGUGACGAUGAGCUCCAGAAUGAGCUGUUCGAGCUGCUGGGUCCAGAAGGGCUAGAGAUGAUCUCCACCCUCCUCCAGCGAAGGGUGGCCAUCGUCGACUCUCUCCUCACUAUCCCUCCUGAUAGGAUUGCCUUCCAACCAGAUGUGAGCCAAAAAGUUGAAAUGACCAAGCCCAUCUAUGGGUGCCAGGUGACCAUCCAGUCAGAGCAGGAAAAACAGAUGAUGAAGAUGUACCGCAGGGAGGAGAAGAAAGAGAGGAAGAGAGGCAAAGGAACAGAUGACAGUGAUGCUUCAGAUGCUGUUAUGACCUUUGACCCCAGAGAGAUGAGAGCCCAAAGGGAGCAGGCCCUUCUGACCGCGCGACGUGAACCUGUUCUGAGCAGGGAAAGAGUGUAUGAACGUAUUCAAUAUCCCAAUGUCUACGACAUCUAUGCAGAGGCCACAAAGAUGCCAGCGUUUGUUGGAGGAGCCAGGAUGCUGCUCCCUGAGGGAAUUCGCAGAGAGAACAAUAAGAUGUAUGAAGAAGUGGAGAUCCCACCCAAUGAACCCAUGCCUAUCGGCUUUGAAGAAAAGCCUGUCUACAUCUCUGAACUAGAUGAGAUUGGACAGCUUGUGUUCAAGGGUAUGAAGCGUCUGAACAGGAUCCAGUCCAUGGUGUUUGAGACCGCCUAUAACACCAAUGAAAACCUUCUGAUCUGCGCUCCAACUGGUGCUGGCAAGACCAACAUCGCCAUGCUGACUGUUCUUCACGAGAUCCGUCAACACCUGCAGCCGGGCGGUGUCAUCAAGAAGGAUGAAUUCAAGAUAGUAUAUGUGGCUCCAAUGAAGGCCUUAGCAGCAGAGAUGACUAAUUACUUCAGCAAGAGACUGGAACCACUGGGUAUCACUGUUAAAGAACUCACUGGAGACAUGCAGCUAACCAAAGGAGAGAUACUGCGAACACAGAUGUUGGUUACGACUCCGGAGAAGUGGGAUGUUGUGACCAGGAAGAGCGUCGGAGAUGUGGCUCUCUCCCAGAUUGUGCGUCUACUGAUCUUAGAUGAAGUUCAUCUUCUCCAUGAAGAUCGAGGACCAGUACUGGAGAGCCUGGUUGCCAGGACCAUCAGACAGGUGGAGUCCACCCAGAGUAUGAUCAGGAUCCUGGGACUAUCAGCCACCCUGCCCAACUACCUGGAUGUGGCCGCUUUCCUACAUGUCAAUCCCUAUAUUGGCCUUUUCUUCUUUGACAGUCGCUUCAGACCGGUACCCCUUGGCCAGACCUUUGUUGGCAUCAAAACCACCAACAAGAUCCAGCAGCUUCAUGACAUGGAGGAGGUUUGUUACAACAAAGUUCUGGAGCAGGUUAAAGCUGGUCAUCAGGUGAUGGUGUUUGUCCAUGCUCGUAAUGCUACAGUGAGGACGGCCAUGGGACUGAUCGAGAUGGCAAAGAACCUUGGAGACAUAUGCUUCUUUCAACCAGACCAGGGUCCAGACUACGGCCAGUGUGAGAAACAGAUUCAGCGCUCCAGAAACAAGCAGAUGAGGGAGAUGUUCCCAGAAGGUUUUGGAAUUCACCAUGCUGGCAUGCUGCGGUCUGACCGCAGCCUCAUGGAGAGCAUGUUCUCCAAAGGCCACCUGAAGGUGCUGGUCUGUACUGCCACCCUGGCCUGGGGAGUGAACCUGCCGGCCCAUGCAGUUAUCAUCAAGGGUACUCAAAUCUACGAUGCGAAGCGCGGUGCCCUCGUGGAUCUGGGCAUUCUGGAUGUUAUGCAGAUUUUCGGGCGUGCAGGUCGUCCACAGUUUGACAAGUAUGGUGAGGGCACCAUCAUUACCACUCAUGAUAAGCUGAGUCAUUACCUGACCCUGCUUACCCAGCAGAACCCCAUUGAGAGUCAGUUCUUGGACAGCCUGGCAGACAACCUUAACGCUGAGAUUGCUUUGGGGACAGUCACCAAUGUGGAGGAGGCAGUGAAGUGGCUUAGUUAUACUUACUUCUAUGUUCGCAUGAGGGCCAACCCACUGGUGUAUGGCAUCAACCACAAGGCGUAUCAGAUGGAUCCCGCCUUGGAGCUGUACAGGAGGGAGCUGGUGGUGGAGUCUGGUAGGAAGCUGGAUAAGGCCAGGAUGAUCCGCUUUGAGGAGCGUACUGGCUACUUUGCCUCCACUGAUCUAGGCAGGACCGCCAGCCACUUCUACAUCAGAUACAAUACUAUAGAGACCUUCAAUGAACUUUUCAACUCUCAGCGAACAGAAGCUGAUAUCCUCAAUAUUGUGUCCAAGGCCGAGGAGUUUGAACAGCUUAAGGUUCGUGAUGAAGAGAUGGAGGAGCUGGAGCAGUUGCUGUGCAACUAUUGUGAGCUGUCAGCUGCAGGUGGGGUGGAGAAUGGCUAUGGCAAGGUCAACAUCCUGCUACAAACGUACAUUGGCCGAGGAGAGGUAGACAGCUUCUCGCUCAUCUCAGACCUGUCAUAUGUGGCACAGAAUGCUGCUCGGAUCAUCAGGGCUUUGUUUGAGAUCGCCUUGAGGAAGAGGUGGCCGGCCAUGACCUACCGACUUCUCACCCUCUGUAAGGUGAUUGACAAGCGGCUCUGGGGCUUUGCCCACCCUCUUCGGCAGUUCCCCAACCUGAGUCAUGUUGUACUGAACCGCUUAGAGGAGAAGAAGCUCACUGUGGACAAACUUAAGGAGAUGAGAAAGGAUGAGAUAGGUCACAUGCUGCACCAUGUCAACGUCGGCUUAACAGUUAAACAGUGUGUCCAUCAGAUCCCCUCAAUCACCAUGGAGGCCAGCAUCCAGCCAAUCACACGCACCGUCCUGCGUGUCCGUCUUCUUGUUACACCUGACUUUCGCUGGAAUGACCAGGUCCAUGGGUCAGUGGGUGAGCCAUGGUGGUUAUGGGUGGAGGAUCCCAUCAAUGAUCACAUCUAUCACUCUGAGUACUUCCUCUUGCAGAAGAAACAGGUGGUGACAGCAGAGCCUCAGCACAUAGUAUUCACCAUCCCCAUCUUUGAGCCGUUACCAUCCCAGUACUACAUCAAGGCAGUGUCUGAUCGCUGGCUUGGGGCUGAGGCUGUCUGCAUCAUCAACUUCCAGAACCUCAUCUUACCUGAGAGACACCCCCCACACACUGAGCUUCUGGACCUGCAGCCGUUACCAGUGACAGCUCUGGGUAACCGGCAGUACGAGAGCCUGUACAAGUUCACUCACUUCAACCCCAUCCAGACUCAGAUCUUCCACACACUGUAUCACACCGACACUAAUGUCCUCCUGGGGGCGCCAACAGGCUCUGGAAAAACCAUUGCAGCAGAGAUGGCAAUGUUUCGGGUCUUCAACAAGUAUCCAACCUCUAAGGUGGUGUAUAUUGCUCCUCUGAAGGCCCUGGUUAGAGAAAGGAUUGAGGACUGGAAGAUCAGAAUUGAGGAAAAACUUGGAAAGAAAGUGGUGGAACUGACAGGAGAUGUGACUCCGGACAUGAGAGCUAUAGCACAGGCCGACCUCAUUGUCACUACACCAGAGAAGUGGGAUGGAGUGAGCCGAAGCUGGCAGAACCGAAGCUACGUUCAGAAAGUAGCCAUUCUCAUCAUCGAUGAGAUUCACCUGCUGGGUGAAGACAGAGGUCCAGUGUUGGAGGUCAUUGUGUCCAGGACCAACUUCAUCUCCUCUCACACUUCUAAAAGUGUCAGAGUAGUCGGUCUGUCCACAGCUCUGGCCAAUGCUCGAGACCUCGCUGACUGGCUGGGAAUUGGACAGGUGGGUUUGUUUAACUUCCGUCCGUCUGUUCGCCCUGUACCACUUGAAGUUCACAUCCAUGGUUUCCCAGGACAACACUACUGCCCCCGCAUGGCCAGCAUGAACAAGCCCACGUUCCAAGCGAUACGCAGCCACUCCCCAGCCAAGCCAGUGCUGAUAUUUGUCUCAUCACGACGUCAAACUCGACUGACUGCCCUGGACCUUAUUGCCUACCUGGCCACAGAGGACAACCCCAAACAGUGGCUGCAUCAGGACGAGAGAGAGAUCGAAGACAUUAUCGCCACAGUUAGAGACUCCAACCUGAAGCUGACGCUGGCCUUUGGGAUCGGCAUGCAUCAUGCAGGCCUGCAUGAAAGAGACAGAAAGACUGUGGAGGAGCUGUUUGUCAACUGCAAGAUUCAGGUGUUGAUUGCCACCAGUACUCUGGCCUGGGGCGUGAACUUCCCCGCUCACCUGGUGGUUGUCAAGGGAACUGAAUACUAUGAUGGCAAAUCCAGGCGCUAUGUGGACUACCCCAUUACAGAUGUUCUUCAGAUGAUGGGGCGAGCAGGUCGACCUCAGUUUGACGACCAGGGCAAAGCAGUUAUUCUCGUCCACGACAUCAAGAAGGAUUUCUACAAGAAGUUCCUCUAUGAGCCUUUCCCUGUUGAGUCCAGCCUCCUCACUGUGCUGUCCGACCAUCUGAAUGCUGAGAUUGCUGCAGGAACCAUCUCAUCCAAACAGGACGCAAUGGACUAUAUCACCUGGACAUAUUUCUUCAGACGUCUGGUGAUGAACCCCAGUUACUACAACCUAGAAGACAUCAGCCAUGAGUCCAUAAACAAAUACCUGUCCAGCCUGGUGGAGAGAAGCCUACGGGACCUUGAGUGCUCUUACUGCAUGGAGAUAAAAGAGGAUGAUCGGACCAUUGAGCCACUGACUUACGGUCGCAUCGCCUCCUACUACUACCUGAAGCAUCAGACCAUCCGCAUGUUUAAAGAGCGACUGAAGGCUGAGCUGUCCAUCCACGAGUUGCUCUCCAUUCUGACAGAUGCAGAGGAGUAUGCCGAAUUGCCUGUCAGACACAAUGAAGACCAGCUGAACAGCCAGCUGGCUCAGCAGCUCCCACUGCAGGUCAACCCCCACUCUUAUGACAGCGCCCACACCAAGACUCACCUGCUCCUCCAGGCCCACUUCAGCCACGCCCAGCUGCCCUGCAGUGACUACACCACCGAUACCAAGACAGUACUGGACAACGCCAUUCGAAUCUGUCAGGCAAUGCUGGAUGUAGCUGCCAAUGAAGGUUGGCUUGUUACAGCCAUCAGUAUCUGCAAUCUGGUGCAAAUGAUCGUCCAGGGUCGCUGGCUGCACGACUCCUCAUUACUGACGCUGCCACAUGUGGAACAACAAGACCUCUAUCUGUUCAGGAAAUGGGCAAACAGGAAGGGGAGGAGAGACACGGGAGGCUUCAGUGGCCCAAUCGAAGGACUUCCUGAGCUGAUUGCUGCCUGCAUGGGAAAAGAACGCAUUUUUGCUGAUAUUGUCGGCCAAGAGUUUCAAUCGACUCAGAUUGCCCAGGCAUGGUCCUUCCUGAGUCAUGUCCCAGUGCUGGAGUUAGAGAUGAGUGUGAAGGGCUGGUGGGAGGAGUACCAGGAGCAAACAGAGCGUCCCCUGCCUGCAGCAGGAGCAAACCUUAGGGAGGAGAGCAGCUGGCUGUGUGUUCAUGCUGACCAGGAGUACGUUCUGCAGGUGUCACUGAGACGCAUCAAUAUGGGGCAGCAGAGGAGGAAACAGGACAGUAAAGCCCAGGCUCCCAGGUUUCCCAAGGUGAAGGAUGAAGGCUGGUUCCUGGUCAUAGGAGAGGUGGAUCGCAGGGAGCUGCUGGCUGUCAAACGGGUCGGAUACGUGCGCAACCACACAGCCGUGUCUGUGGCCUUCUACACACCAGAGAAGACUGGAAAGUGUAUCUACACUCUGUACCUGAUGAGUGACAGCUACCUGGGUCUGGACCAGCAGUACGACAUCCACCUGAAUGUAAUGCCUGCCAGCAUCGCUGCCCAAGUCAACACAGAGGUGUCUGACUCAGUGACUGACAUGACCCUCAGUUAAGGAACAAUGACAUAACACCUCAUCAGCAGCAGCUCAGCAGUUCCAAGAACCUUUUCAGUGAUGACUCUGAAACACAGUGAAUGUGUUAAAGGAAUUUUCUGGAAUCAUCUCAGACCUUUGGGGUGUGUGAUGAUUGUAUUUCAGUAAUUAUCAUGACAGGUUGGAAUUUAGCGUUUUGCUAUGCCCAUUUUGCAUCAGCUUCCCUUCAGUUAGUAAUUUCUUAUAUCUGCAGUGACCUUCAUCUUAUGUUUUGUGACUGUUUUGCUAGACCAAAUACCUUCCAACAGGCCAACAGGUCUCUGCCAUCACACAAGUAAUAAAGCUUUCUUUUGUCAAAUUUCUACUUCCAGAGGACAGAAACAGUCCUUCGUUUCUCAGAUACCUCUGCAAGCUGGUUUUUGUCUUUGUGAGGCUCAAGGUCUCAGUAUGAAUCAGAUGAACUAGUUUGCUUGUCAUCUGACCACAUAUAAAGGCAUAUAAUCUGUUGACACCCUGGCUGUGUCACACUGCUUCCCUCUCCAACAACUCUGUGUCUUCUGUGUUUCUUUGCAAUCUCGACAUGAUGAAUUCUACAAGUGUGCACAACAGCGCACAAUUUCAGUCUGUCUUGAAAGACAUUGAUAGUGUUGCACUACUUGCACUACGCUUCCACCACCUCCACUGUAAAACAGGCAGUUGGCCAGUUUCAGUGGCACUGUCAGAUGAUCUGACAAGUGUUUCCUUUGAUGCCUGCUGACACCUUAAGGUUGGAAAUAGUCUGAAGGAUGCUAUGUUGAACCCUGGGAAGGUUUGUCUACUUUGGGGAGAAAAUCCAGCUUUGGCCUUCUAGCUUCCAGUCCUCCAAAGACUGGCCCUGAUAUGGGACAGCUUAUGCCAGUGGAAUAUUGGCUUCCAUUUUAUAUGCUACUGUAGCUUUUCUCCACAACAUUUACUCCAAAAAAAAAUCAAUUCCAGUCUUAAUUCCAGUCAAGAUACUUGACAGAUACAGCUACUGCAGAGUGCACCAGUCACUCAUUUCCCUUUCAUAGACCGAGGAGAAGACGGUCUGCUUAGCAUCCCACAAAAACGAAGUAUCUUUCUGACAGAAAAUACACCAAGUGGCCGCAUAACAGAUCAAUGUUCACUACAGUCAUACAGUGUUUCUAUCCAGUGCAUUCAACUCAUACACCUUUCUUGCUGCCAUUAGACAUUAGACCUUAGCCAAGCUAUACAUCAACCCCAACCCAUGUCACAGAAGGUUUAGGUCUGAGGUUAGGGUCAAGUGCUGCACGGAGCUUCUUGUUCCUUUGACAAAAAUGGGCUUGGUAUACUGAAAAAAAUUACCAAAAAUUACAAACACUGAUCCAAAAAUAAAACACAGCAUGUUGUUUUCACAGAGGGGGAAAGUUGGCUUAACUGUGUCAAACAGGAGAGAUUUCAGUGCAGGUUUGUAAAACAUGCUUCUUUCCACUUUGGGCACUUCACUUAGGAUCAUCAAACUGUCAAGUGUUUUGUCAAAUAAAUCUCCUCCGUCCCCCUAUAAGGACUUCCUCAGUUACCUAGAAGUAUCCUCAGAUAAAAAUUAAAAAGGAGAUGUUAAAAACAAACUACUGGUGGAACAAAAUUUUUUGUUCUGUCUUCCUAGACCUGAAACAGCUUUGAAAUAAUUCAGUUUUGUGAUGGAUUUUAGGUUAUAAGAACACAAAUGUGAAAAGGUUGACAUUUUGAAAUGUGUAUCCGUGAUUUCAUUUACUGCUGGCAAAUCCUUUGAUCCGCUUCUAAAUAAAAGCAUCAUUUCACUUGAAAACCA